UGUCCCAGGACACCCGAGCCCGCCCGAGUCUCCCUGGGUUGGUGGCCACGCUCGCCAUGGCACUGCUGGGCACCUUCCUCUGCUGCCUCCUGGCCGCCUGGCACGGCUGCCCGGGCCUCGGGCUGCCCCUGGCACCCGGGUGUCCCGCUCCGACGGUGGGGCAGUUUUGGCAUGUAACAGACUUACACUUAGACCCUACUUACCAUAUCACAGAUGACCACACCAAAGUAUGUGCUUCAUCCAAGGGUGCAAACGCCUCCAAUCCUGGCCCUUUUGGAGAUGUCCUGUGUGAUUCUCCUUAUCAACUUAUUUUGUCAGCCUUCGAUUUUAUUAAAAACUCAGGACAAGAAGCAUCUUUCAUGAUAUGGACAGGUGAUAGCCCACCUCACGUUCCAGUACCCGAACUCUCAACAGAUACUGUUAUAAAGGUCAUCACUAAUAUGACAACGACAGUCCAGAACCUCUUUCCAAACCUCCAGGUUUUCCCUGCACUGGGAAAUCAUGACUACUGGCCACAGGAUCAGUUGCCAAUAUCCACCAGUAAGGUAUACGAUGCUGUAGCCAGCCUCUGGAAACCAUGGCUAGAUGAAGAAGCCAUUAGUACUUUAAAAAAAGGUGGCUUCUAUUCACAGAGUGUUAAGUGUAAUCCAAACUUGAGGAUCAUCAGUCUAAACACUAACUUGUACUAUGGCCCUAAUCUUGUGACCAUCAACAACACAGACCCGGCUAAUCAAUUUGAAUGGCUGGAAAAUACAUUGAACCGCUCUCAGCAAAGUAAGGAGAAGGUGUACAUCAUCGCACACAUUCCAGUGGGAUAUCUGCCUUUUUCCAGUGGUAUCACAGCCAUGAGACAGUACUACAAUGAGAGACUGAUAGAUAUUUUUAGAAGAUUCAGCAAUGUCAUUGCAGGACAGUUCUAUGGGCAUACCCAUAGAGACAGCGUUAUGGUUCUUUCAGAUGAAAAAGGAAGUCCAAUAAAUUCUGGUUUUGUGGCUCCUGCUGUUACACCAGUGAAAGGACUUUCACAAAAAGAGACCAACAAUCCUGGUGUCCGAUUAUUUCAGUAUGAGCCUGGCAAUUAUACACUACUGGAUAUAUUGCAGUACUAUUUGAACUUGACAGAAGCAAAUCUCAAGGGAGAGUCCAACUGGAAGCUUGAAUAUAUCCUGACGAAGACCUAUAAUGUCAAGGAUGCACAGCCACAUAGUUUGUAUGGAUUAGCUAAACAGUUUUCAAUGCUAGAUAGUAAGGAGUUCAUAAAAUACUACAAUUAUUAUUUUGUGAGUUUUGACAGCAGUGCAAUUUGUGAUAAGCAUUGCAAGGCCUUGCAAAUUUGUGCAAUUAUGAAUCUUGAUCAUAUUUCCUAUGUAGAUUGCCUCAAACAAUAUUAUGGAAAGUACAAUCACUAGGAUUUCCCACUCUGUGUUCAUAAAAAACAUAACAUUACCUGCUUUCUGAGAUCAGUUGGACAGAAUUGUUAUGUCAAUCUUUGCAAAUUACUAAGUCAGGAAACAAAAUUAUUGUCUGCUUUCUUUCUUGUAAUAUCCAAAUGUAGGCAUUUAUAACAUUCUAAAUUCGUAUUACCUCAAACAUAUUUAAAGUUCCCAUGAGUGGGAUGUUGUUUGGAUACAUGUAUCUCAUUUUUAAAAUUGAAUAAUUAUAUACAAUUUAUACCUUUGUUGAAAUUGUCAUUUUUACAAUAAAGCAAAUGACUUCCUCUGA